AUGCAGUCCUACUUGACCCUCCUGGCAUUUCUGCGCCUUGUGAAAGCCAUCAAUAUUACGAAUCCGACGUUCGAGCUGAUCAAUGAUCGGAAUUUCGUUGAACUUGUCCAAAGUUCCUACCUAUAUUCACUUUUUCAAAUUGCCAAGGAUGUUUCGGAAGCACCGGCUGUAACUUCCCAAAUAAUGGAGCCAACAGCGACACAGACUCUGACAUCGAUGAGGCAGGCCGAAAUGUCUAAGCAGGCACCAGGAACCUCUGGUUUAGCUUCUGCAACAAAGUUUGCUGAGGACUGGAGUGCAGCUAAAUCAGGACAAGAAGGAUUGAGUGAGCAGCAGAAAUCUUGGAAGAAACCUCCGCCGAGAUAUCAGUGUGAAUUCAGGAAAUGCCAAAAAAAUUUUAAAAAGUUUGAAAAAUUCUGUGUCCAUCUAUCCGGACACAAUGAACUGGAUGUUUAUCGUUGUAACUGGCCAAACUGUGGUAUUCUUCUGCCAGGGCCCGGUCAACUCCUCCAGCAUUAUGUUGUUCAUGCGGAAAAAGAAGUUGGAUGCAGGUGCCAUCUUUGUGGCUGUCCAUUUGUCCUCCGGGCAGCUUUGAAAAAUCACUACAUCAAUAUCCACAAAAAAUCAGAAUCUGAAGCUGAGAAGGACUGCCAAACACAUGCAGACAAGAGAGAUGGAGUAGGAAAACGGUCGGCCGGCUAUCGACGGUCAAAAUACAACUAUAAUCCGCAACCGGCUGUUCCGGAUAAUCCGAAGUAG